AUGUCAAUAGAACGGAUACUUGCAGCGACGGUAGUCCAGCAAACCAAGCUGAUCGCGCAGUGGUUGCAUGGCGUGAAAAGAGAGACGUGUCUUGCUCCUGCCGUUGACAUUGCAGCUCAGAGUGGAUACCUUGAAGUGCUGCAAUGGCUCCACUCGAAUAACCUGUUAAUGUGCACAACGGCUGCUAUGAACAAAGCGGCCGAGAAUGGGCAUUUCGAGGUUGUCAAAUGGCUACAUCGCGUUUGCCACGGGUGUUGUUCUCCCAUGGCCCUGUAUGUAGCGGUCAACAAUGGCCACCUUGAACUGGUCCAGUGGCUUUAUGAACAUGUUUACAUCAAAUGUCAUCGCUACCAUGAAAUGGACGCUGCGGCGGAAAAUGGACACAUGGAUGUGAUCACGUGGCUGCACGAGAAUCGAAGGGAGGGGUGCUCCGAGAUGGCUCCGUUUUACGCAGCACGGUAUGGACACUUCAAAGUCCUAAAAUGGUUCCACAUGCAUCACCCGGAUACAUUUGUCCAAGAGGUGAUGGAUCGAGCUGCACAAAAUGGUCAUCUCGAUGUUGUGUGGUGGCUGCAGAAGAAUCGCCCCGAAGGAUGUACAACGGAUGCAAUGGACUUCGCUGCUGAUCGAGGC